AUGUGUUUUGGUGUAGAAUGUCCCAAGGUAGAUGCGUUAUCGGAUACAUCACUACGAGACUUGCCUCCUUUAUCUUCUGAAGAUACUCUCUCUCGUGUCCUGAAUACGGUCCUCCUUCUCCACGUAACGUCAACGAAACACUACUCAGCGCAUACACGCGCUUUCCUUCUCAGUAUCGCACCCAUUGACGAGCAAUCUGCAAUCUCGACGCUAAAAGACCCCAAGCAUGCACUUGAAGACGCCGAGUCACAUGCGAAAUCUGCUAAAGAUGCACAGGCACGGAAGAAUAGGACGUGGCGUGCGUUAGGUGUUGGAGGUGCUGCAUUGGCAGGUGGUGUGCUUGUAGGUGUUACAGGUGGUCUAGCAGCGCCGCUCGUCGGUGCAGGUGUAUCUACCCUCCUCGGCGCACUUGGUCUCGGAGGGAGUGCAGCUGGUGUACUCGCUGCUGGUCUGGCGAGCUCUUCAGCUGUGUGUGGUGCUCUGUUCGGUGUGUACGGUGCGAAGGAAGGUGCAGAGAUGAUUGCAAGGCAUACGAAGGAAGUUGCAGAUUUCGCUAUCGUGCCCGUUAGAGAGCCAAGGGAGACUUUAGCUGUUAGGAUUUGUGUGAGUGGGUGGUUGGGUAAUAGGGGAGAUGUUACUGCUCCUUGGACGGUGUUUGAUGAGAGUGAGGAUACGUUUGCUUUGCAGUGGGAAGUCGAAGCGUUAGAGAAACUCUCAACCGCUCUCGGAGACCUCCUCAAAUCAAACGCAAUCAAGCUCGUCAGGAAUGAAAUCCUAAAACACACAUUCCUCGCCGCCCUAACCGCCGCCCUAGCCCCCAUAGCCUUCCUCAAACUCGGCGAACUAGUCGACAACCCAUGGGCAAACACUAAAAACCUCGCAAUCAAAACUGGAAAGGUCCUCGCUUCACUCUUAGCAAACAGGGCGUUUGGUGCCCGACCUGUAUCGUUAUACGGGUACAGUCUUGGUGCACUUGUGAUUUUAAGUGCUUUGGAUCAUUUAGCUGGAAUGUAUGAUGAUGGUGAGGAGAAGGAGAUGGGGAUGGAGAAGAUAAGUCACGUCGUACAAGACGUAUACCUAAUGGGUACACCCAUCCCAUCAAACAGCAAAACAUGGACACGAGCCAGACGAGUCGUAUCAGGCCACCUCGUCAACGCAUACACAGACGCAGAAGCAGAUUACGUCCUAGCCUUCCUCUCCCGUCUCUCCCUUCCCUCCUCUUCCUCUUCCUCCUCCUCUUCUACAUCUAAAACAGCGAAACCUGGGUUUGGAGUUGCAGGGUUAGAGGCUGUUGAGAUCUCUGGAGUUGAGAAUGUUAAGAUUGAUGGUGUGGAGGGACAUGUUGCGUGGAGAGGGAUGGUUGGGAGGUGUCUUGAGGUUUGUGGGGCGAGGGGGUUGAGGAAGGAGGAAGUGGAGAGGCAGGAGGAAGAGGUUGGAGAGAGGAUUAGGAGGGAUAUCGAGGAGAAGCAGAGGGGUCGAACGCCUGAGUCUGGCGAGAAGGACCAUAAUAUGGUAUAG